UAGCAACGAACGUACAUGACUGUUGUUAGCUGUGAAUGCUCAGUGCUCUUUUAACAAUGAAAACUCAUCUGCUAGUGGCUCAUUUUUUAUUAUUUAUAGUUUAUUCAUAACUCUACUGCUAUCUCGGUGUAUAUUUUUCUCGACAUGAACCUUGGAGAUGGUCUGCUGUUUGAACUUGAAAAUGGGAAACCCAGAUUGAUUUUACUCAGUCAUGGGGUUGGGAAAAAUCCAAUAAAGCAGUUGCCCAGGAAGCACAGAGCAACUAACAUCCUCAGCUCCAAGCAACCGUCCUGUGCAGAGGAGGUGCAGCUGGAGGAGCGUCCACCUCAGCAGGUUGCACGGAGCCACAGAGAGGCCAGGUUUAAAGCAGGACCAGCAGCUCCAUCCUGCAGAUCCAGCCUCUCCACCACUGAAGGGAGAAGCACCAUCCUGACUUUAUCCAAGGCUCAGGGCCGUCUCAAAGAGCGUGGCAAUAAGGUGAAGACAAACAAACACAAACUCGGCACCACUGUCGGACCCCUGGGAUCCCCAGGACCGCCUCUAAACGCUGAGGAUGGAGGGGCUGGGAGGGUGGAGUUGAAGCACGUGCUGGCCGGUGUGGAUGCAGGCCUGAAGGACGGCAUGGUGUGCUUGACUGGUGGACAGCUGCGACAGAUCCUCAGCUCUAUCCAGACGUCAGGCUACGGUCAACAUGGUCCAGAGGAGCAGACGGCGCAAGGAGGUCAAACAGACACAAACUCGGCCUCCACUGUGAACAAAGGAGAAGACAGAGAAAUAAAUGAGGAUGACAAAGGGGGAGUGGAGGAAAUGAAGGAGGAAGGAAGAGCUGAUGAAAAAUAUGGCAGGUUGCCUCAAUCUUCGUUCAGUUGGCUUAAAGAGCUUCAGUCCGACAGCAGAGCCGCCAUCGACGCAAAAAAGGCUCAGUGGAAAAGAGAACUUGAUGAGCAAGUUGCCCUGAAGCAGCAGCUUUCAACCACCAGCAGACUGCAGGUUGGAGAAUACGCAGAGAGUGUGUUAUCUGUCGGCCACAGAGAGCAACCUGCAGCCAUCAGGUCCAGCCUUAGACUCGGGGAGGUCACUCCCAUGGAGGAGGUGUUGAGCGUUGAGAGGAAAGAGGAGCAGAGGAGACGCUGGCUGGAGGAGCUGGACCGUCAGAGAGAAGAGACGGCUGAACGUCGGAAACGUGAGAAACUGCUGCAGAGACAGACAGAGGACCAUGAGCGCUGGGCUGCACACUUUGACUCGCUCCAACGCAGGGCUCCGAUCCAGCCUGCGGUUCCAUCAGCACCUCCUCCAGGUCAGCUGAGUGGCUCCGAGCGGGAAGACUGGGAUCCCUCAUCCAGCCUCUCACUGGUCUGGGAGGCCACCAGCAGCUGUGGAGCAGAGAGUGUUAUUGGAGCCAGUGUGGAUUCAACAAGAGGAUAUCCCAGCAGAUCCAGCUAUCUGAGGACCAUGACCUCCCUGCUGGAUCCUGCACAGAUAGCGGAGAGAGAGAGGAGGAAACUCAAACAGCUGGAGCAGCAGAGAGCCAUUGAGGCCCAGAUGGAGGAACGCAAAAAGCAGAGAGAGCAGGAAGAGGCAAAAAGGAGACAGGAGGAAGAGGAGGAGGAGAAGAGGGCUGCGCUAGAGAGGGAGAAGCUGCAGAAGCAGUAUGAGCUGGAGAUGCUGAAGAAGAAGGAGAAGAACAAUCAAGUCCCUCAGACCGAGCAGCCAGAGACGGGCCUCGGUGACGGCGGCCCGGAGCAGACGUCAGAGUCCAAAACAGUUACCAAGCAGGCCGGAUGUUUGGAGAACGGCAGCGGUUUUUCGUCCUCAUAUAAAGACACUUUUGUUCAGACAGAGGACACUCCUCCUCCACCUGUCCCACCUGCAGCAGGCAGGGUUCGGACUCCUGAUGUCUCCGUGCAGAACCACCCGCCUUCCUCUGGCUCUGCUGAGCCUCCUAACUGCAGGAGUCGUGCAACGAGAGCGGGGAAGGAGAACAUCUGUCUGUCGGCAGAAGAAGAUCCGUAUGAGCCUUUUGCCAGGACGGAGAAGAGCCGGAAAACCAAGAGGAGGCCCGAAUGGAACACACAAAGGCCGAGCCGGCGGUUCGUUCCCGCCUCGGAGCGGUACCCGGUCGCUCUACAGAAGAACAGACAGGAGAGCCGACAGAGGAGACAGGCUGAACUCCUCGCUCUGCAGGAGAGGACCCGUCUGUCCAGAACCGAACCUCCUCCUCAGAACCAUGGGGCUCGUCUCUGCCCCAACGGCCAGCAGAUAAGAACCAGUCCCAUUAAGAAGGUGGAAUCUGGUUUCAAAGGACACACCGACAACCACACCGUCAUCAGCACCGACCGAGGGCGCUCUUCUCCUGUUCCUGCCAUCAGACCUAGAGUCCAGAGUCAACAGGCUUCCAACUCUCCUCCUCCGGCUCUGGAGUUCAUUCCUUACCUUCGGACUGCUGAGGUCUUCAACCUGGACCCGCUGGAGCCCGCCGACACGCCGCCACCUGGGACACACUCAGGUCCUCCUCAUCCUGUCCCCUCACAUCGAGACGCGCUCCUCCACCCAGAGAUGCUGCGUAGCUCCCAGCGACAGCAGGAGAUCCUGAGAGGCCUGGCUCAGCUUCGGCAGGGUUUAUUACAGAAGCAGAGGGAGCUGGAGACAGAUCUGAAUCCAGCCCAGAACCACCACGACAACGAGCAGCGCAUACCCUCCAAAGCUCACCGCACAUGACGUCCAACGCAGGACGGUGUCUCACAGCCACUCCUACACCUGAGGAAUACCGUUGUUCUCCCGGAGAAGACCUUCAGGCUCCAGCUGUCUCAGUAAAUAAUGAGGUUCUAACAAACAGUCUAAAUGUAGGGUUUUUAAAUCAGCUUGCAGGAAUUUUACAUUUUACCUGGGACCAGAACCACCUGAUCUUAAACACUUUAAAGGCAACCUGCUUCAGUUUGCAGGAGUUCUUUCAUGAUUGUUAAAGCAAAGGGAACCUUUUCCUCCAUUAUUAGGAGGCUGCCUUCACAGCGUUUUACUCAAAAUAAAUUUUAUUUAAUGAGUUUUCUGAUCAUUGACGUAUGAAGUGACACAAAAAGAGCCGGAUCUGUGCAACCUCUCUCCAGAACAGGAAGCGGGGAAAGGUUCUACCUCAUUAAAAGCUGAAGUCUCACUUUAAAUAUGACUGAGCACCACCUAUCAUGGAAAGAUCUUUAGGUUUUCUUUUAAUCUGCUCUCUAAGAAAACACUGAAGUGUUCUGGACCGGUAUUGGGACGCUGUUAAACUGGUUCUAAAUGUGCAAUGCGGAUUUUAUUUAUUGUAAGUGUAAUAAAUGAUGUAUUGAUGCCUGAUUAAAUGACCUUUUCUGAAACUUCACUUUGACACAAAGUCUUGCUGCCACUCUGCAACACUGCUGGUUUAAACAGCAGGAAACCUUGUUUUUUUUUUUGUGCUUCUCCAAGAUUACUUUUAGUAAAGGUUUGAGGCGUUUCUGUGAAAAGCUUCAGGAACGCCAAACAACCUCAGAACCGGGACAAUGAAGCAGAUCAGCUGGGUUCAGUGUUUGUCUUGUUUUUUGGUGUUAAUAAAAUCUGAACCAAA